UAUUUAGUUGAGCUGGCAACACUCCCAGUGGGAUUGUUUGUUCGGCUUUGGGUGUCAGCCGCUUUGUAGUUUUGCGUGAUAAUUAUAGAAUUAAUCAGUGCUAUCGUUGAAUAAGUGAAUAGAAAAUGGUUUAAUAACCGUGCGAUGACUUUAAUGUCGCGUUUUUGCGCGUAUUAUUUGUAAAAACGAGGUGCUUCCGCCAUGACAAUGAGUAGCACCGUCGGGAAGUAUCCCGCGGCACUUGUUCUAUAUUUUCUGUGUAUGCCGUGUAUGGGACUAUGGUAUCCAAUUUUAGCUCAAGAUGAGAUGAGGUUGAAUGUAGAGAUUAUGCAAGUUAAGGGAGAACUGGGUGGCACAUCCAACAUCACCUGCUCUGUGACCCCUGACACUGCGCAGAUCGAAUGGAUAUUCAAUGGAAAGCCGCUGAACAUGUCAUCCAGAAUAAACCAGACGAUCAGCAGGGGAGACACUUCAUUAGCGAUGUCCAAUAUAUCAACUUUGUCGAUACUCAACACUACCACGGAAGACGCUGGCAAUUACACCUGUCUCGGCAAAGUUGGUAACACCAGCGACAGCCAAGUUACCAUCCUUGAUCUUAGUUUUCCUGCUAAACUGGUGAACAUAACCAAUGGCCCGGUUUUGGAAAACAUCACAAAUCACGCCAACGUCACCCUCCAGUGUAUUUUUGAAGCGUACAACCCUGGCGAAGUGAAAUGGUACUUGAAAACGAAAGACAUGGUCACACUCAAGGACGGAAACAGUACUACCGAGCGAAUUGACGCGAAAAGGUUCAAGAGCAUCUAUGUGGUGCACAUAUAUGGUAUCGAGGAUAAUGGCACCUACUCCUGUGAGCUACACGACCCAGUGUCUUCAAAAAAUCUUUCGGGGACUGUAGACAUUCUCCUCACGACGAAACCUAAAGUUAUCAUUAAUAAUGUCAUUCCUAUAAACACCACUCAGGUUUACGUCAACUGGACAGUGAACGCUUUCAACUCGCCCAUAAAAGAUUAUGUGCUAAUGUACAUGAAUCUUAACGAAGGAAAUAAUGCUACUUGGACACAUUACACUUCCAACCCAAAAAUCGACCCACAGAACACAUCUUUCGUUGUGAGCUUUCUGAAACCGUCGACGACUUACAAAUUCAGGUUGAAAGUGAUCACUCAGUACGGGGAGAGCAAUGGUGAUAAUCCUGAAAGUAAUUUCGGUAAUGUGACGACUUUGGCUAAAGAGCCGAUUUUUGUACCGAAUAUUUCUAUAAACGGUUUUUCGGCUACGUCCGUGACAAUUGGCUUCGUGCCCCCGCCGGACGAUAUUUCGGACUUGAUACAUUAUUAUAUGCUGGUCGCUUAUAAGAAGGAUGACAAGAAAACUUUCACUGUAUGCCACGAGAGGAAUGGUAGCAAUCAACCGUACAUGUUUGCAAAUUUGGAGCCACAUAACACUUAUGUGUUUAAAGUAAAGGCCUGUUCAUACUUUUCGAGCACUUGUGGUAAUUGGUCUGAAGAGAUGGAGGCAGCAACCCUGGACGGGGUGCCUGGUAUGCCCAGUCAGGUCCAGGUGAAAUGUAGCGUGGACUACUUGAACUUGACAUGGAAGGAACCGCUCAAACCUAAUGCUGAGAUUAAGGGGUAUACUAUGGAGAUAACAGGCAACGCGACGUAUAAGGACCGCACUGGCACCGAGCAGCUGGCCACUUGGGGACCUCUCUCCAAGUUCAUGGCUAACGACUCCACUAGUACUAGAAUAAACGAACUACCCCCUAACACCAACUUCACGAUCCGGCUCAGCGCCAUGACUCGCACCAGACGUCGCGGGGAGGAGAACGUUACUUACUGCCGCACCGAGUUCGCGCCCCCAGACUCGCCACCACGACCGAGAUGGCGGAAGAUCAUGGAAAAUAAUACCUACAGAUUUAAAAUGUACCUGCCUAGAGUGACAGAGCGAAAUGGACCCAUAUGUUGUUAUAGGGUGUAUAUGGUGCGUCUACCACCUGGGAACGUGGACUGGAAGACACUGCCUUCCCCUCAAAAUAUUCACGUCAUUGAUUUCAAAGAUUCCGACACCAAGCUUGGGGCGUACCUCGCUGAUGUUUUUUCACAUGACAGAUUCCCUCACGACAACGAACUAGUCUUAGGCGAUGAAAAGAUUAUCUUCAACAAGGACGAAGACUACACCCUCAGACAGGACAGAUGUCGCCGCUGCCUUAAAAAGCCCAAGCGAAUACAUGUAGAGCCUGAAAAACCUACCACAACUACCACCACCACUGAGCCUGAGGAGCUCUAUGAAGGUGAAAUUAUGAUGACUGAUGAUCCGAUUCCGAUUGAAAAUGACGACCAGAGAACUAGAAGAUCGUAUUACGAUGACUUCAGUAAGAACCCAACGAUGUCGGACAAACAGAGUGACGAUUCUGAUAUCCGCGUGGUAGAUGGCCCUCUUGACUCCGCUUCUAAUUACACACUCUUUGUGGAACUUAUAACGAGUCCAAACUCCGAUGAGUCGUUGUUCAGCGAUUACACGAGUGUACUGAUGCCGGCGCCCAGCCCGCCUGUCGUCGUACCUUCUACGGCACUCGAGAUUGCUUUACAGAUAACAUGCGCAGUAGCAGCAGUGAUCCUGCUGCUGAUGAUAAUGUUCUGCGUGGUGCAGACGCGACGCUCGCGCAAGAUGCCCGCGCACGCGCAGCUCGAGCUGCACAACCCUAUCACUGCUGCUAUCAGAUACUGGGACAACAUUCGCGGCCGGCAACCCUUAGUAUCAGCCGUCCCCCCGGACAUACCGCCCAUACACAAGGACGAGCUCGCCAGUGCGUACGCGCAGCGACAGGUCGACUCCGACUACGGCUUCCAGAAGGAGUUCGAAUUGUUACAGAUGCUCCCCGAAUGCUUCCCCGACCGCACCACUCAUGCUUCCGAAGCCAGGGAGAACCAGCCUAAGAACCGGUAUCCUGACAUCAAGGCGUAUGACCAGACCAGGGUCAAACUGUCGCAGAUCGACAGCAUUACAGGAUCUGAUUAUAUCAACGCGAAUUAUGUUAUGGGAUAUCAGGAGCGAAAGCAAUUCAUAUGCGCCCAAGGGCCCACUGAUACGACCGUCAAUGACUUCUGGCGUAUGAUAUGGGAACAUGGCUUGGAGCUGAUCGUCAUGCUGACCAAUCUUGAGGAGUAUUCGAAGGUCAAGUGCUCGAAAUACUGGCCUGAGGAGAGGGGGUCGAGGGCUUUCGGGAAUAUUACCGUUCAUCAUGUUGGGGAGAAGAGAUAUUCAGACUACAUAGUGCGAGAGCUGAAAAUCACGAAGCAGCCCACCAACUCAGAUGGACAACCCAUUGUUGAAAACAACGGCAUUGCCAAGAGGAAUGGAGAUAUCAAAGAAGCAUCAGAGUCCAGUGCCCCGACGUCUCCUCGCGAGGUGAAAGACAGCGGCGAGUCCCGCAUCGUUCGCCAGUACCACUUCCUCAUGUGGAAGGACUUCGCGGCGCCAGAGAACCCGCACUCCAUACUCAAGUUUAUUAAGAGAGUAAACGAAGCCUGGACCAGCAUGGUGGGCAGGCCAGUGGUGGUGCACUGCAGCGCCGGCGUGGGCCGCACGGGCACACUGGUGGCACUGGACUGCCUGCUGGAGCAGCUGCGGGCCACCGACCACGUCGCCGUGUUCAACACUGUCGCCGAGCUCAGGCGGCAGAGGAACUUCUUGGUGCAGUCGCUGAAACAAUACGUGUUCGUGUACCGUGCUCUAGUAGAGUAUGCUCACUAUGGCGACACGGAGAUCAACGCGUCGCGACUCAAGCCCGCCGUCGAUAAGCUGCGGAACACUCCUGACCAUGCUGAUAAGUGUCUCAUGGAGAUUGAGUUUGAGAAAAUGCUAAACAACCCAAUAGCAGAGCCCCUAAAGUCAAUGGGUGCGGGUGCCGGCGAGGAGUUACGCGCACGGAAUCGAAGCCCCGAGUGCCUGCCUUACGACCGCAACCGAGUCAUACUGACGCCUAUACCCGGGAGAGAUUUCUCUACUUAUAUCAAUGCGUCGUUUAUUGAAGCAUACGACAAUUCAGAAGGCUUCAUAAUAACGCAGGAUCCUCUACCAAACACCAUAAUGGACUUCUGGAGAAUGGUCUCCGAACAUAAUGUCACCACCAUCGUUAUGCUCAGCGAGCUGGGCGAAGGCAAAUGUCCUCGGUACUGGGACGACGGCACCAUACAGUACGAACACAUUUCAGUGGAAUACGAAGAGAGCGAGUCCUGUCCUUACUACACGAGGAGACAGUUCAGGGUUACCAAUGAUAAGAGCGGAGACGUGAACUGCGUUAGACAGUUGCAGUACCAGGGCUGGCCGACAGCCCGCGGCCACGUGCCCGAGGUGACGCGCGGCCUGGCCGAGCUGGCUGACGCGGCCGCACCCGCGCCGCAUCAGCCGCAUCAGGGCACCAUGCUCGUGCACUGCCAACUGGGCACGGAGCGGUCGCCGCUGUUCGUGGCGCUGUGCACGCUGAUCCGGGCGCUGCGCGUGGAGCGGCGCGUCGACGUCGGCGCCACCGCCCGCCACGUGCGCAGCCAGCGGGCACGGACCAUCGACACCUUCCUACAAUACGAAUUCCUGUACCGUGCUAUACUGAACUAUGCAGAGCUACACAAUCUUCUAGAGGACAGUUAAGCAUAACCAUCCAUUUGUCAUACCUAUCCUUAGAUCUCAAGAUACCUUGAGUGUCCGCCUUCUAAAGGUCUCUUUCAUCUCAUGUGUAACGGCCUUUACACUGCCUAUGUUAACGAGCUCUUUUA